AUGGAUCUCGAAUUUAAUGCUAAAGAAUUGAUGGGGUAUUCCGACUACGCCUUGUCGUUGUAUGGCCAAGUCUCGAAUGAUAGUGAAGAAUCAUUGGUGUUUUGCUCUACAUCGGCAGCUAGAAUAAUACUCCAAGACCACUGUAUUGCGAUGAGGAAAGCAUUUCUUGUUUUCACCACAGCAAACUUGCAUGGCUCAUCCGCUAUAUAUCUUUUGCACCGGCAAUGA